CCGGAAGGGGGAGGGGCGGGGAGGGGCCUCCAUUCGGCGUCUGGGGGGCGCGGCCAGGAGAGGGGGCGCGGCACCAUCCACGUGCUCGGCCCGUGUCCCCGCGGCCAUGAAGUGCGUCAUCGAAGGCGGCAACGUGACAGCCCUCGGCCGCGCGGUGCACGCGCUGUCCCGUGUUGGUGACCAGCUGUACCUGGAGCCGUCUGACGCCGGGCUGUCCCUGCGAGCUGCCAGCGCCUCCCGCUCCGCCUUCUCCUCCUUCCUCUUCACGCCGCUGUUCUUCCAGCGCUAUGAGCCGGGUCCCCCCGCUGCCCGCUGCAAGGUGCUGAUGAAGUCCUUCCUGGCCGUGUUCCGCUCACUGCCAACGCUGGACAAGUCGGUGGAGCGCUGCCUGGUGCUGCUGCGGCCGCACACUGGGCACCUGCUGUUACAGCUGCACUGCAAGCACGGUGUGACCCGCACCCACCAGCUGGCUUUCCAGGAGUGCGAGCGGCUGCAGGCCAUCUUUGACACACAGUGCUGCGCCAGCCGGCUGCGUGCUCCUGCACAGCUGCUGGCCGAGGCAGUGGUGCACUUCCCGCAGACACUGGCGGAGGUGACGCUGGGAGCUGCUGCUGGGGGCAGAAUCAGGCUGCGCAGCCACCUGGAGGAGGGCAGCGAGCCUGGCAAGGCCAUGGCAACGGAGCUGUGGUUGGCGCUGGAUGAGUUCCAGGAGGUGGCGGUGGUGCCCGGCUCCUGCAUCACUUUCUGCCUCAAGGAGUUCAGGGGGCUCCUGAGCUUCGCUGAGGCCUCCAGCCUGCCCCUCACCAUCCACUAUGAUGAGCCUGGCAGGCCAGCCAUCUUCACCCUGGAUGACUCCCUCAUGGAGGCACACCUUGUCCUGGCCACCCUUCUGGACCCAGAGGGUGACUCACAGCCAACACCUGCCACCAAUGGCAGCGUCUCCCACCCACCUGCCCCUUCUGAUGACUUUGCCGAUGACCUCGAGUCCUACAUGGUGGCUUUGGAAAGCAGCGCCUGCGAGGGGGAGGCAGGAGCACCCCCCAGCCCCACCUUCCCCCUGCAUACUCCUCGCCCCGCAGAGAGCAACCCAGAGGAAGAGGAGGAGGACAGGGCUGUGCCAGGGACACCCCCUCACAAGAAGUUCCGCUCGUUGUUUUUUGGCUCCGUGCUGACACCGGGGGGGCCUGGCCCAGCCCCCAGCCAGGAGGUGCUGGCAGAGGACAGCGAUGCCGAAUGCUGAGAGCCCCCAUUGCGAUGCCAUGGCGCAGCAGCUGGCACUGCCUGGCCACGUAGGGUGUGAUCCUAAAGCCACAUCUUAAGACCCAUUACAAGUUUAUUCCCCAAAAAAAGCCUCCUGCCCUGCCUUCACUGCCAACUGAGGGGCGGGUCCUGCCCCAGAGGGUACAUUUGGUACAGUAGAAAGCGGCAAGGGCAGGAUCUGACAAAUAAAAAAACGAAUGGAGAAA